CUUAUGUACAUGUAGAAGGAAGUUCUCCUCAACCUGAUGAAAAUAAUGCAGAUAAUCCAUCUACAACUGAUGAGAAUGAAACACGUGAUGAAUCUCAAACUGAUACAGAGAAUACAUGGAGCUUAUCUGAACAUCAUGAACAUGUAGAAGGAAGUUCUCCUCAAGCUGAUGAAAAUAAUGCAGAUAAUCCAUCUACACCUGAUGAGGAAAAAACACGAAUUUCAUCUCAACCUGAUGAAAAUAAGGCACAUGAUCCAUCUACACUGCGCAAGGAUGACAAACGUGAUAAAUCUAAACCUGAUAUAGGGAAAGGAUGGAUCUCAUCCGAACAUCAUGAAGAUUUAGAAGGAGAUUCAUGUGAAGAGGAAGAAAGGAGACCCUCUCAACCUGAUGGAAAUAUUGCACACAAUGCCUCUACACUGCAUAAGGAUACAAAACAUGAUAAAUCUAAACCUGAUAUAGGGAAAGGAUGGAGCUCAUCUGAACCUCAUGAAGAUCUAAAAGAGGAUUCAUGUGAAGAUGAAGAAGGCAAACAAUCUAAACCUGAUGGAGAGAAAGAAGAAAGCUCAUCUAAACAUCAUAAGCAUGGAGAAAAAAGUUCAUCUCAACCUGCUGGAAAUAAUGCACAUAAUACAUCAACACUGCACAAGGAUAAAAAACGUGAUCGAUCUAAACCUGAUAAAGGAAAUAAAUGGAGCUCAUCUGAACCUCAUGAAGAUCUAGAAGAGGAUGAAGAUUCGUGUGAAGAUGAAGAAGGUGAUCAAUCUGACCCUGAUACAGAGGAAGGAGGGAGCUCAUCUACACAUCAUGAGCAUGGACAAGGGAAUUCACCUAACUCUGAUGAAGAGAUAGAAAGUGAUCAAUCUGACCCUGAUACAGAGAUAGGAGGGAGCUCAUCUACACAUCAUGAGCAUGGACAAGGGAAUUCACCUAACUCUGAUGAAGAGAUAGAAAGGAAUUCACCUAACUCUGAUGAAGAGAUAGAAAGUGAUCAACCUAAGCCUGAUACAGAGAAAGGAUGGAGCUCAUCUGAGCAUGAACAAGGGAAUUCUUCUGAAUUUGAAGAAGAGCAGGAAAGCUCAUCAGACCAAAAGAACACCAUGAAGAACAGCUCAACAGACCACCAGAACACCAUGAAGAACAGCUCAUCAGACCAUGAGAAUUACAAAAACACCAGCUGGUCAGACCACCAUAAAACCAAGAAACCUGCCUCAUCAUAUCAUAUCAACAUUACAAACAGCGGAUCAUUAGACAGUAAAAAUACCAGGAACACCAGUUCAACAGCUCACCAGAACACCACACAGUCAAGCUCAACAGACCACCAGAACCUAACCAAGACCAGCUCACCAGACCACCAGAAGACCACAAAGGCGAGCUCACCAGGCCACCAGAACACCACAAAGAAAGACUCACCAGAUCACCAGAACAUCACACAGACUGGCUCAUCAAACCACCAGACCACCUUACCAGACCACGAGAACACCACCAAGAUUACCUCACCAGACCACAAAAACAGAACCAAGACCACCACAGCAGGCCACAAGAACACGACGAAGACAGGCUCACAAGACGACGAAAAUACUACCAAGACCUGCUUACCAGACCACCAGAACACGACAAAGAAAGACUCACCAGAUUACCAGAACAUCACACAGACUGGUUCACUAGACCACCAAAACGCCACCAAGACCACCUUACCAGACCACCGAAACAGAACCAAGAACACCACGAAGACAGGCUCACAAGACGAUGAGAACACCACCAAAAUCUGCUCACCAGACGACCAGAACAUCACAAAACCCGGCUCACCAGACCAACAAAACACCAUGAAGUUUGGCUCACCAGAUCAACAGAAAACCACGAAACCUGGUGGUCAGAAAACCACCGAGCCAGGCACACCAAACCAUCAGAACACAACCAAGCCUGGAUUACAAGACCACCAGUACACCGCCAAGCCCGGGUCAACAGACCACCAGAACACUACGAAGCCAGGUUCAAAAGAUCACUAUAACACCACCAAGCCGGACUUACCACACCACGAUAAAACCACCAAGCCCGGCUUACCAGGACACCAUGACACCACCAAGCCCGGCUCACAAGACCCCUACGACACCACCAAGUCCGGCAAACCAAACCACCAUAACAGAACAAAGCCCGGCUCACCAGACCACCAUGACACGACCAAGCCGGGCUCGCCAGACCACCAUAACACGACCAAGCCGGGCUCGCCAGACCACCAUAACACCACCAAGCAGGGCUCGCCAGACCACCAUAACACCACCAAGCCCGGCUCACCAGGACACCACGACACCACCAAGUCCGGCUCAGCAGGACACAGCGACAUGACCAAGCCCGGUUCAAAAGACCACCACAAAACCACUAAGCAUGGCAAACCAGACCACUAUGAUACCAACAAGCCUGGCUCACCAGGGCACCACGACACCACCAAGCCCAGCUCACCAGGACACCGUGACACCACGAAGCCCGGCAAACCAGACCACUAUGACACCAACAAGCCUGGUGCACCAGGGCACCACGACACCACCAAGCCCGGCUCACCAGACCACCACCACACCACCAAGCCCAGCUCGCCUGACCACCAUGACACCACCAAGCCGGGCUCGCCAGACCACCGUGGCACGACCAAGCCAGGCUCGCCAGACCACCAUCACACCACCAAGCCCAGCUCACCAGGACACCGUGACACCACCAAGCCCGGCAAACCAGACCACUAUGACACCAACAAGCCCGGUGCACCAGGGCACCACGACACCACCAAGCCCGACUCACCAGGACACCGCGACACCAGGAAGCCCGGCUCAUCAGACCACUAUGACACCAACAAGCCCAGUGCACCAGGGCACCACGACACCACCAAGCCCGGCUCACCAGGACACCGCGACAUCAGGAAGCCCAGCUCAUCAGACCACUAUGACACCAACAAGCCCGGCUCACCAGGGCACCACGACACCACGAAGCCCGGCUCACCAGACCACCAUAACACAAUGAAACCAGGCUCACCAGACCACCAUCAUACCACCAAGCCCAGCUCGGCUGACCACCAAGACACCACCCAGCCUGGCUCCACAGACCACCAUAAAACCACCAAGCCCGGCAAACCAGACCACCACGACACCACCAAGCCCGGCAAACCAGACCACCAUAACAUUACAAAGCCGGACUCACCAGAUCAACAUAACACCACAAAGCCGAGCUCACCAGACCACUAUAAUACCACGAAACCUGGGAAACCAGACCAGCAUAACACCACCAAGCCCGGCUCACCAGGGCACAAGGACAUCGCCAAGCCGGGCUCACCAGACCACUAUAACACAACCAAGCCGGGCUCACCAGACCACCAUAACACCACGAAACCCAGUUCACAAGACCACCAUAAUACCACGAAACCCAGCUCACCAGACCAGCUAUACACCACCAAGCCCGGCUCACCAGGGCAUAAGGACACCGCAAAGCCGGGCUCACCAGACCACCAUAACACAACCAAGCCGGGCUCACCAGACCACCAAUACACUACCAAGCCGGGCUCACCAGACCAACAUAACACCACGAAACCUGGCAAACCAGACCGCAAUAACGCCACCAAACCAGGCUUACCAGACCACGAUAACACCACAAAACCCGGCUCAACAGACCACCAUAACACCACCAAACCAGGCUCACCAGACCACCAUAACGCCACCAAACCAGGCUCACCGGACCAGCAUAACACCACCAAACCAGGCUCACCGGAACAGCAUAACACCACCAAGCCAGGCUCACCAGACCACCAUGAUACCACGAAACCUGACUCACCAGACCAGCACGACACUACAAAGCCGGGCUCACCAGACCACCACAACACUAGGAAGCCGGGCUUACCAGACCACUAUAAUACCACCAAGCCGGACUCACCAGACUACCAUAACACCACAAAGCCGGGCUCACCAAACCACCAUAACACCACGAAGCCGGGCUCACCAGACCACCAUAACACCACGAAACCUGGCUCACCAGACCACCAUAAUACCACCAAACCUGGCGCACCAGAUGAGCAUAACACCACCAAGCCCGGCUCACCAGGGCACAAGGACACCGCCAAGCCCGGCUCACCAGACCACUAUAACACAACCAAACCUGGCGCACCAGACCAGCAUAACACCACCAAGCCCGGCUCACCAGGGCACAAGGACAUCGCCAAGCCCGGCUCACCAGACCACUAUAACACAACCAAGCCGGGCUCACCAGACCACCAAAACACCACCAAGCCGGGCUCACCAGACCAACAUAACACCACAAAGCCGGGCUCACCAGACCACUAUAAUAUCACGAAACCUGGCAAACCAGACCACAAUAACACCACCAAGCCUAGCUCACCAGGGCACCACGACACCACCAAGCCCGGCUCACCAGGGCACCACGACACCACCAAGCCCGGCUCAUCAGGGCACCACGACACCACCAAGCCCAGCUCACCAGGGCACCACGACACCACCAAGCCAGUUUCACCAGACCACCAUAACACCACGAAGCCGGGCUCACCAGAUCACUAUAAUACCACAAAACCUGGCUCACCAGACCACCAUAACACCACGAAGCCGGGCUCACCAGACCACCACGACACCUCCAAGCCGGGCUCACCAGACCACCAUAACACCACCAAACCAGGCUCACCAGACCACUAUAACACCACGAAGCCUGGCAAACCAGUCCACUAUAACACCACGAAGCCGGGCUCACCAGACCACCAUAACACUACAAAGCCGGGCUCACCAGACCAGCAUAACACCACCAAGCCUGGCUCAAUAGGGCACCACGACACCACCAAGCCGGGGUCACCAGACCACCAUAACACCACAAAACCUGGCUCACCAGACCACCAUAACACCACGAAACCAGACUCAACAGACCACCAAAUAACGACAAAGCCCGGCUCACAGGACCACCAGUACAGUACGAAGCCAAGCUCACCAGACCACCAUAACACCACCAAGCCCGGCUCACCGGACCACCAACCUGGCUCACCAUACCGGCAUAACACCACGAAGCCGGGCUCACCAGACCACCACAACACCACCAAACUAGGCUCACUAGACCACCAUAACACCACAAAACCGGGCUCACCGGACCACCAGGCCACCAACAAGCCCGGCUUACCGGACCACCAUAACACCACCAAGCCCGGCUCACCAGGGCACCACGACACCACCAAGCCCGGCUCACCAGGGCACCACGACACCACCAAGCCCGGCUCACCAGGGCACCACGACACCACCAAGCCCAGCUCACCAGACCACCACGACACCACCAAGCCGGGCUCACCAGACCACCAUAACACCACCAAACCAGGCUCACCAGACCACUAUAACACCACGAAGCCUGGCAAACCAGUCCACUAUAACACCACGAAGCCGGGCUCACCAGACCACCAUAACACUACAAAGCCGGGCUCACCAGACCAGCAUAACACCACGAAGCCAGGCUCACCAGACCACCACGACACCACCAAGCCGGGCUCACUAGACCACCAUAACACCACCAAACCAGGCUCACCAGACCACCAUAACACCACGAAGCCUGGCAAACCAGUCCGCUAUAACACCACGAAGCCGGGCUUACCAGACCACCAUAACACUACAAAGCCGGGCUCACAAGACCAGCAUAACACCACCAAGCCUGGCUCACUAGGGCACCACGACACCACCAAGCCGAGCUCACCAGACCACCAUAACAACACCAAACCAGGCUCACCAGACCACUAUAACACCACGAAGCCUGGCAAACCAGUCCACUAUAACACCACGAAGCCGGGCUCACCAGACCACCAUAACACUACAACGCCGGGCUCACCAGACCAGCAUAACACCACCAAGCCUGGCUCACUAGGGCACCAUGACACCACCAAGCCGGGCUCACCAGACCACCACAACACCACCAAACCAGGCUCACCAGACCACCAUAACACCACAAAACCGGGCUCACCGGACCACCAGGCCACCAACAAGCCCGGCUUACCGGACCACCAUAACACCACAAAGCCCGGCAAACCAGAUCACCAUAACACCACGAAACCCGGCUCACCAGAUCACCAUAACACCACCAAACCGGGCUCACCAGACCACCAUAACACCACCAAACCGGGCUCACCAGACCACCAUAACACCACUAAGCCCGGCUCUCCUGACCACCAGGCCACCACCAAGCCCGGCUCACCAGACCACCAGUACACUACGAAGCCCAGCUCACCAGGGCACCACGACACCACCAAGCCCGGCUCACCAGUCCACACUUACACUACUAACCCCGGCUCACCUGACCACCAGUACACUACGAAGCCCAGCUCACCAGGGCACCACGACACCACCAAGCCCGGCUCACCAGGGCAGCACGACACCACCAAGCCCGGCUCACCAGGGCUCCACGACACCACCAAGCCCGGCUCACCAGUACACACCUACACUACCAACCCCGGCUCACCUGACCACCAUAACACCACGAAGCCGGGCUCACCAGACCACCAUAACACCAUCAAGCCUGGCUCACCGGACCACCACUACACCACUAAGCCCGGCUCACCUGACCACCAGGCCACCACCAAGCCCGGCUCACCAGACCACCACCACAUCACCAAGCCCAGCUCACCAGUCCACCCUUACACUACCAACCCCGGCUCACCUGACCACCAAGCCACCACGAAGCCAGGCUCAACAGACCACCACAUAACGACAAAGCCCGGCUCACCAGGCUACCAGUACACUACGAAGCCCAGCUCACCAGGGCACCAUGACACCACCAAGCCCGGCUCACCAGGGCACCAUGACACCACCAAGCCCGGCUCACCAGGGCACCACAACACCACCAAGCCCAGCUCACAAAGGCACCACGACACCACCAAGCCGGGCUCACCAGACCACACCUACACUACUAACCCCGGCUCACCUGACCACCAGUACACUACGAAGCCCAGCUCACCAGGGCACCACGACACCACCAAGCCCGGCUCACCAGGGCAGCACGACACCACCAAGCCCAGCUCACCAGGGCACCACGACACCACCAAGCCCGGCUCACCAGUCCACACCUACACUACCAACCCCGGCUCACCUGACCACCAGGCCACCACGAAGCCAGGCUCAACAGACCACCACAUAACGACAAAGCCCGGCUCACCAGGCUACCAGUACACUACGAAGCCCAGCUCACCAGGGCACCAUGACACCACCAAGCCCGGCUCACCAGGGCACCAUGACACCACCAAGGCCGGCUCACCAGGGCACCACAACACCACCAAGCCCAGCUCACCAGGGCACCACGACACCACCAAGCCCAGCUCACCAGGGCACCACGACACCACCAAGCCGGGCUCACCAGACCACACCUACACUACUAACCCCGGCUCACCUGACCACCAGUACACUACGAAGCCCAGCUCACCAGGGCACAACGACACCACCAAGCCCGGCUCACCAGGGCAGCACGACACCACCAAGCCUGGCUCACCAGUCCACACCUACACUACCAACCCCGGCUCACCUGACCACCAUAACACCACGAAGCCGGGCUCACCAGACCACCAUAACACCAUCAAGCCUGGCUCACCGGACCACCAUACCACCACUAAGCCCGGCUCACCUGACCACCAGGCCACCACCAAGCCCGGCUCACCAGACCACCACCACAUCACCAAGCCCAGCUCACCAGUCCACCCCUACACUACCAACCCCAGCUCACCUGACCACCAGGCCACCACGAAGCCAGGCUCAACAGGUCACCACAUAACGACAAAGCCCGGCUCACCAGACUACCAGUACACUACGAAGCCCAGCUCACCAGGGCACCAUGACACCACCAAGCCCGGCUCACCAGGGCACCACAACACCACCAAGCCCAGCUCACCAGGGCACCACGACACCACCAAGCCGGUUUCACCAGACCACCAUAACACCACCAAGCCCGACAAACCAGACCACCAUAACACCACGAAACCCGGCUCACCAGACCACCAUAACACCACGAAGCCCGGCAAACCAGAUCACCAUAACACCACUAAACCCGGCUCACCAGAUUACCAUGACACCACCAAACCGGGCUCACCAGACCACCAUAACACCACCAAACCUGGCUUACCAGACCACCAUAACACCACGAAGCCGGGCUCACCAGACCACCAUAACACCAUCAAGCCUGGCUCACCGGACCACCACCACACCACUAAGCCCGGCUCACCUGACCACCAGGCCACCACCAAGCCCGGCUCACCAGACCACCACCACAUCACCAAGCCCGGCUCACCAGUCCACCCUUACACUACCAACCCCGGCUCACCUGACCACCAGGCCACCACGAAGCCAGGCUCAACAGACCACCACAUAACGACAAAGCCCGGCUCACCAGGCUACCAGUACACUACGAAGCCCAGCUCACCAGGGCACCAUGACACCACCAAGCCCGGCUCACCAGGGCACCACAACACCACCAAGCCUAGCUCACCAGGGCACCACGACACCACCAAGCCGGUUUUACCAGACCACCAUAACACCACCAAGCCGGGCUCACCAGACCACACCUACACUACUAACCCCGGCUCACCUGACCACCAGUACACUACGAAGCCCAGCUCACCAGGGCACCACGACACCACCAAGCCCAGCUCACCAGGGCAGCACGACACCACCAAGCCCAGCUCACCAGGGCACCACGACACCACCAAGCCCGGCUCACCAGUCCACACCUACACUACCAACCCCGGCUCACCUGACCACCAUAACACCACGAAGCCGGGCUCACCAGACCACAAUAACACCAUCAAGCCUGGCUCACCGGACCACCACCACACCACUAAGCCCGGCUCACCUGACCACCAGGCCACCACCAAGCCCGGCUCACCAGACCACCACCACAUCACCAAGCCCGGCUCACCAGUCCACCCUUACACUACCAACCCCGGCUCACCUGACCACCAGGCCACCACGAAGCCAGGCUCAACAGACCACCACAUAACGACAAAGCCCGGCUCACCAGGCUACCAGUACACUACGAAGCCCAGCUCACCAGGGCACCAUGACACCACCAAGCCCGGCUCACCAGGGCACCACAACACCACCAAGCCCAGGUCACCAGGGCACCACGACACCACCAAGCCGGUUUCACCAGACCACCAUAACACCACCAAGCCCGACAAACCAGACCACCAUAACACCACGAAACCCGGCUCACCAGACCACCAUAACACCACCAAGCCCGGCUCACCAGUCCACACUUACACUACUAACCCCGGCUCACCUGACUACCAGUACACUACGAAGCCCAGCUCACCAGGGCACCACGACACCACCAAGCCCGGCUCACCAGGGCAGCACGACACCACCAAGCCCAGCUCACCAGGGCUCCAUGACACCACCAAGCCCGGCUCACCAGUACACACCUACACUACCAACCCCGGCUCACCUGACCACCAUAACACCACGAAGCCGGGCUCACCAGACCACCAUAACACCAUCAAGCCUGGCUCACCGGACCACCACCACACCACUAAGCCCGGCUCACCUGACCACCAGGCCACCACCAAGCCCGGCUCACCAGACCACCACCACAUCACCAAGCCCGGCUCACCAGUCCACCCUUACACUACCAACCCCGGCUCACCUGACCACCAGGCCACCACGAAGCCAGGCUCAACAGACCACCACAUAACGACAAAGCCCGGCUCACCAGGCUACCAGUACCCUACGAAGCCCAGCUUACCAGGGCACCAUGACACCACCAAGCCCGGCUCACCAGGGCACCAUGACACCACCAAGCCCGGCUCACCAGGGCACCACAACACCACCAAGCCCAGCUCACCAGGGCACCACGACACCACCAAGCCCAGCUCACCAGGGCACCACGACACCACCAAGCCGGGCUCACCAGACCACACCUACACUACUAACCCCGGCUCACCUGACCACCAGUACACUACGAAGCCCAGCUCACCAGGGCACCACGACACCACCAAGCCGGUUUCACCAGACCACCAUAACACCACCAAGCCCGACAAACCAGACCACCAUAACACCACGAAACCCGGCUCACCAGACCACCAUAACACCACGAAGCCCGGCAAACCAGAUCACCAUAACACCACAAAACCCGGCUCACCAGAUUACCAUGACACCACCGAACCGGGCUCACCAGACCACCAUAACACCACCAAACCUGGCUCACCAGACCACCAUAACACCACGAGGCCGGGCUCAUCAGACCACCAUAACACCAUCAAGCCUGGCUCACCGGACCACCACCACACCACUAAGCCCGGCUCACCUGACCACCAGGCCACCACCAAGCCCGGCUCACCAGACCACCACCACAUCACCAAGCCCGGCUCACCAGUCCACCCUUACACUACCAACCCCGGCUCACCUGACCACCAGGCCACCACGAAGCCAGGCUCAACAGACCACCACAUAACGACAAAGCCCGGCUCACCAGGCUACCAGUACACUACGAAGCCCAGCUCACCAGGGCACCAUGACACCACCAAGCCCGGCUCACCAGGGCACCACAACACCACCAAGCCCAGCUCACCAGGGCACCACGACACCACCAAGCCGGUUUCACCAGACCACCAUAACACCACCAAGCCGGGCUCACCAGACCACACCUACACUGCUAACCCCGGCUCACCUGACCACCAGUACACUACGAAGCCCAGCUCACCAGGGCACCACGACACCACCAAGCCCGGCUCACCAGGGCAGCACGACACCACCAAGCCCAGCUCACCAGGGCACCACGACACCACCAAGCCCAGCUCACCAGUCCACACCUACACUACCAACCCCGGCUCACCUGACCACCAUAACACCACGAAGCCGGGCUCACCUGACCACAAUAACACCAUCAAGCCUGGCUCACCGGACCACCACCACACCACUAAGCCCGGCUCACCUGACCACCAGGCCACCACCAAGCCCGGCUCACCAGACCACCACCACAUCACCAAGCCCAGCUCACCAGUCCACCCCUACACUACCAACCCCGGCUCACCUGACCACCAGGCCACCACGAAGCCAGGCUCAACAGACCACCACAUAACGACAAAGCCCGGCUCACUAGACUACCAGUACACUACGAAGCCCAGCUCACCAGGGCACCAUGACACCACCAAGCCCGGCUCACCAGGGCACCACAACACCACCAAGCCCAGCUCACCAGGGCACCACGACACCACCAAGCCGGUUUCACCAGACCACCAUAACACCACCAAGCCCGACAAACCAGUCCACCAUAACACCACGAAACCCGGCUCACCCGACCACCAUAACACCACGAAGCCCAGCAAACCAGAUCACCAUAACACCACGAAACCCGGCUCACCAGAUUACCAUGACACCACCAAACCGGGCUCACCAGACCACCAUAACACCACCAAACCUGGCUCACCAGACCACCAUAACACCACGAAGCCGGGCUCACCAGACCACCAUAACACCAUCAAGCCUGUCUCACCGGACCACCACCACACCACCAAGCCCAGCUCACCAGUCCACCCCCACACUACCAACCCCGGCUCACCUGACCACCAGGCUACCACCAAGCCAGGCUCAACAGACCACCAAAUAACGACAAAGCCCGGCUCACCAGACCACCAGUACACUACGAAGCCCAGCUCAUCAGCCCACCAUAACACCACCAAGCCCGGCUCACCGGACCACCAACCUGGCUCUCCAUACCAGCAUAACACCACGAAGCCGGGCUCACCAGACCACCACAACACCACCAAACCAGGCUCACCAGACCACGAUAACACCACAAAACCGGGCUCACCAGACCACCAUACCACCACCAAGCCCGGCUCACCAGGGCACCACGACACCAUCAAGCCUGGCUCACCGGACCACCAGGCCACCACCAAGCCCGGUUCACCGGACCACCAUAACACCACAAAGCCCGGCAAACCAGAUCACCAUAACACCACGAAACCCGGCUCACCAGAUCACCAUAACACCACCAAACUGGGCUCACCAGACCACCAUAACACCACCAAACCGGGCUCACCAGACCACCAUAACACCACUAAGCCCGGCUCUCCUGACCACCAGGCCACCACCAAGCCCGGCUCACCAGACCACCACCACACCACCAAGCCCGGCUCACCAGUCCACCCCUACACUACCAACCCCGGCUCACCUGACCACCAGGCCACCACGAAGCCAGGCUCAACAGACCACCACAUAACGACAAAGCCCGGCUCACUAGACCACCAUAACACCACAAAACCGGGCUUACCAGACCACCAUACCACCACCAAGCCCGGCUUACCAGGGCACCACGACACCACCAAGCCCGGCUCUCCAGGGCACCACGACACCAUCAAGCCCGGCUCACCGGACCACCAGGCCACCACCAAGCCUGGCUCACCGGACCACCACCACACCACCAAGCCCCGCUUACCAGUCCACCACCGCACCACCAAGCCUGGCUCACCGGACCACCACCACACCACCAAGCCUGGCUCACCAGACCACCAGGCCACCACCAAGCCCGGCUCACCGGGCCACCACCACACCACUAAGCCCGGCUCACCAGUCCACCACCACACCACCAAGCACAGCUUACCGGACCACCAUAACACCACAAAGACUGGCAAACCAGAUCACCAUAACACCACGAAACCCGGCUCACCAGGUCACCAUAACACCACCAAACCGGGCUCACCAGACCACCAUAACACCACCAAACCAGGCUUACCAGGCCACCAUAACACCACGAAGCCGGGCUUACCAGACCACCAUAACACCAUCAAGCCUGGCUCACCGGACCACCACCACACCACCAAGCCCGGCUCACCAGACCACCACCACACCACCAAGCCCGGCUCACCAGACCACCACCACACCACCAAGCCCGGCUCACCGGACCACCACCACACCACCAAGCCUGGCUCACCGGACCACCAGGCCACCACCAAGCCCGGCUCACCAGUCCACCACCACACCACCAAGCCUGGCUCACCGGACCACCAGGCCACCACGAAGCCUGGCUCAACAGACCACCACAUAACGACAAAGCCCGGCUCACCAGACCACCAGUACACCACGAAGCCCGGCUCACCAGCCUAUCAGAGCACCACCAAAACUGGCUCACCAGACCACCCGAUCUCAACAAACAACACCUUAUCAAAUAACCUGAACACCAUAAAAUCCAGCUCUCCAUACCAGAGGGACACCACGAACACUCACUUAUCAGGCCACAAAGAUGACACAAAAAGCAGUGCCUUCAGCCAACUGAAUGUCAGGGAUGAACCCUCGCUGGAACACAAUAAAGAAAGCUUUUACCUGUUGGCUAUGACAUCCCAGACUGUUGGGGGAACCACUGAGACAAUAUGUAUUACAGUCAGCACCUUUGAACCAGUUUCUAUGCAUGUGACCCUGGAGUAUAACCAAAACAUCAUCCCUCUUCUGACAGAAAAGUCCAUCAUACAGGAAUACUACAACUGCUUCCUUUUACAGGUUCCUGUUGUAAAUGAAGAAGUAGUAGCAUCUAUUAGCAUCCAGUUUGGAGGCUCAACAACAUUGAUGAACAAGACAGCAAAGAUCCUUAUUACACCUUCAACACAGCUGACAAUCAUUGAGACAGACAGACCCAUCUAUAAACCAGGGCAAACAGUGAAAUUCCGCAUCGUCUCUCUGGAUACCAAUUUCCUCACCUACAAUCAGACGUUUCUAACAAUAGAUGUGCAGGACCCAAACUCACACCGCAUUGGUCAAUGGUUCGACAUUGCCACGCAAAGUGGUCUUGUGGAUCUGUCGCAUCCCUUAAACUCUGAAGCCACAGAAGGGUUGUAUCUCAUUACAGUCAGGAACAAGAAAAACAAGUUUACACAAACCUUCGAAGUCAAGGACUAUGUUCCGUCAACCUUUGAAGUUACAGUCCAACUUCCUCCACUGAUAACCAUCCAGGACAUGAAUGCCACAUUAAAAGCAUGUGCAAAAUAUCCAUAUGGGAAGCCAGUAAAUGGUACGGUGAAGGCCACAGUCUGCCGUAACAGUUACAGGCAGCUCCCACAAGGGAAAAUGACAGCACCAGACAUCUGCAAGGUUUAUGAAAUGAAGACUGACAGUACAGGCUGUGGACGGUGGAUCUUAAAUCUUCUUGGAUUCGCCUUAACUGAUUCACGCUAUAACGCAUCAAUCAAUGUUCACAGUCAUGUGAAAGAAGAUGGCACUGGAGUGAUUGUGACUGGUUCAGGCAGCUGUGCUAUAACCGCUAAUAUGGUCACACUUUCAUUUGAGGAUUCACCUAAAACAUUUAAGUUAGGAAUGGCUUAUGAAGGAAUGAUUAAAGUCACCUGCCACGACUCCAAACUCAGUGAAAGAAGAGCAGUGUACCUGACUGUGAGAUACAGUAAAAAAUUAAAUUCAGUGCGGAAGCUAGUUACAAAUUACGAAGGUAUUGCAAAAUUUUCCCUCGUCACUGAUCUGUGGGGUCUGGAGCCAGUCGUUCUUCAGGCAAAGUAUGAAUCAACUGACGGACCCAUUGUCGGUGGGGAAAAUCGGCUCACACCCUACUACCCCACUGCAUCCCUCUACCUUCAGCCCUUCCACUCCAAGAGCCUGAGUUUUAUUAAAAUAAGGAGCAGCUCGAUGCUUUACAGCUGCAAUAAAAAUGGUGUCAUCAAGGCUCAGUACGUGAUACAUAACCGCGCGCUCAGACCGAACCAGAAUAUCUUAUCUUUCUUCUACAUGGUGAUGAAUAAAGGACAUUUAGUUCAACAAGGACGAAUCAUAGAAGCCAUCAACCAUGGAGCAGCAGAGCACAGGGGGAACCUGGUGGUGACCUUGAAGAUGAUGCUACAAAUGACCCCAGUUGCUCAGAUGGUCCUGUACACGAUCCUUCCCAGUGGCGAGGUUGUAGCGGACAGCACAAACCUCAAAGUUCAGCUGUGUUUUGCUAACAAGGUUUCUCUUAAUUUUUCACCUUCUACUGCGCUCCCUGGUGGUCAGACGUCACUGGUGCUGAGAGCCGCUCCAGGUUCACUGUGUUCAGUAAAGGCCAUCGAUCAGAGUCUGCUGUUGCAGCAACCAGAGAAGGAGAUCAACAUAAAGAAUGUGUUCAACAUGCUACCUGUCCAGAAGUUAUCAGGAUAUUCGCCAAAAAUCAAUGAUGAGGAUUCGAUACUGUGCUCGAACAACCCAUAUGUCAUGUUCGCAGCAGAAGCACUGAAAUCAAACUCUGAAAAGGUGGAUGUGUACAGCACUUUUAAAAAUAUUGGAGUCCAGAUGGUAACCAAUGCAGACGUGAGGAACCAUUCAGGUAGUGUGAAUGGGCUGCUGUAUAUAAAAGAAGCUUUAGCCCCAGUCUUCAUCACUCGGGAAUCCACUUCAGCUGACUCGGGUUCAAACCGACCUGCUGUUAUGAUCCACAAACAUUUGCUUAAUACUUGGAUUUGGGAUCUUUAUUCAAUCAGUGAGUCUGGAGUGGUGAGCAUUAAUAAAACAGUCCCAGACUCCAUCACUAUGUGGCAGGCUGGAGCAUUUUGUACAUCGCCUGUCGGGUUCGGAGUCGCCCCGAGCACUGAGUUCGCUGCCUCGCAGCCUUUCUUUGUGAACCUCACCAUGCCGAGCUCCGUCAUCCGAGGAGAAGUGUUCACCCUCAAGGCCACCGUCCUCAACACCCUCCGGAGCUGUGUGAUGGUGAAGGUGACUUUGGCUGACUCGCAAAAGUUCUCUGCACAUUUUGAUGAUGACAUCAGUUACACACAUUGUCUGUGUGCUGAUGAGAGCUGGAUAUUCAAUUGGACCAUCACACCGCUGGUUCUGGGCAAGGUGAGCAUCCACGUGACGGCGGAGGCCGUGCAGGCGUCGUGUGAAGAGUGUCCAGUCAGCGCACCACUGGAGGGAUACAUCGACUCGAUUAGUAAAACACUGCUAGUGCAGGCUGAAGGAACGUCACAGAGUGAAGUGCACAACAUGCUGCUCUGCCCACCAGGUAUAGUUGAGAAGACGGUCUCACUAACCCUGCCGAGUAUGUUCGUGAAUGGGUCGGCCGUAGCCUCAGUCUCUGUCAUGGGGGAUCUGAUGGGCAAAGCCCUACACAACCUGGUGAGUCUCCUGGCCAAACCGCAUGGACGUGGAGAUCAAAACAUGGUGCUGUUCACCCCUAACAUCUUCAUCCUGGAGUACCUGCAGAGCACCAACCAGCUCAUGCCUGAGAUCAGGACCACGGCCGAGGCUUAUCUCAUGAGCGCUUAUCAGAGAGAGCUGACCUACAAACACUCUGACGGAUCCUACAGUCCUUUGGGGAUGAGUGAUGCUUCCGGAAACACAUGGCUGACAGCGUUUGUGAUGAAGUCUUUUGGAAAAGCGAAACGAUACAUCUUUAUAGACGAGGUGUAUGUGGAUGAGGCGAAGGCCUGGCUCGAUCAUCAUCAGCAGGAUAAUGGAUGCUUUGCCUCAGUGGGACAACUCAUCCACUUCAACAUGAAGGCAGGAGUGGAUUACGAGGUCACCCUGUCGGCGUACGUCACGGCUGCCAUGCUGGAGCUCAAUUACACAAUUACGGAUCCCGUGGUGCGCAAGAGUCUUACGUGCCUGAAGAAUGCGUACCCUAAGGUGAAAUCCAUCUACACCAAGACUCUCCUCUUCUACACCUUCACCCUCGCUGGAGAUCAGGGGAUGAGGACCACACUCAUUAAAGACCUGGACUCAAAGUCCAAAGUCUCAGGCGGUGGGAGGCACUGGAGCAGAACGAAUGUUGGCUCGGCGCCGGACUCUUUGGAGGUGGAGAUGACAUCAUAUGUGCUUCUGGCUCUGAUGUCUGGACCUGAGCUGCCAGGGUUUGAUCUGAGCUACAGCACCAGCAUCGUCUCCUGGCUCUCCAAGCAGCAGAACGCCUUGGGGGGCUUCAAAUCUAAACAGGACACCGUGGUGGCUCUCCAGGCUCUGGCGAAAUACAGCGUCGCCACCUACAGUCACCAAGGAGCCGUAACUGUCACUGUAACGUCACCGUCAGGGCUGAAGAACACGUUUAACGUCACUCAGAGUAACAGGCUGCUGUAUCAGGAGACUCGGCUGCAGAAGGCUGCGGGUGAUUACAGCGUCAGUGCAGAAGGGCAAGGCUGUGUGUACGUGCAGUUCAAUCUGCAGUACUCCGUACCUCCCUCUAUUCCUCAUGCACAGUCGCCAUUUUUCAUCCUGGCCGUCGCGUCUGGAAACUGCAGCGUCCCAAAUCCAUCUCUGGAAGUGGUCGUUGCUGUCGUGUAUAACGGCAAGCAUUCGGAGACCAGCAUGGUGGUCAUCGACGUCAAGCCUCUUUCUGGAUUCGUCGUGAACGAGACAUCCGUGCAUCACGUGAACAGCAACACAAAUUCGACUGACGGAGCAGUGAAACGUGUGGAUCGGAUGGAUGGCCGUGCAGUCAUCUACCUGAAUAGACUGACACAUGGAAGUUUGAUGGUGUACACCCUGACCAUCGUGCAGGACGUUACAGUGCAGAAACAGAAACCAGCUCUUGUGGCGGUUUACGACUACUAUGAGCCCGGUGAGAAUGCUGUAACUGAGUACACCUCUCCGUGUGUGGGGUCAUGAGAGUUUGCCAUCAUCUCAGCAAGAGCCCAAGAGGAGCUGUUCAUCCCCAUGUGACUUUAUUGUAUAAGAAUUUUAUAUGUAGGUUACACUUAUUAUCAUAUUAAACCUUAAAACCACAAAAGUUCAGGAACUACUUAAUAGUGAGUUUGAGGGGUUUUAUUUUCUUGCUUCCUUGUCAUUAUGCUCAGCUACAAUAAUUACAAGAUAUCUCUGUGGUGAGAAAGAAGCCAGUUUCUCAGUCAGGUCCAUACAUUUCAGAACAAUUAUAAAUUUAUUGGGCAUUUAAGAAAUGCAUGGUAUUAUACCCAUUUAGGUCAUUAUUGAUAUGGGAAUGAAAAUGUCUGUAAUUUCUGAAUGGUUGGUUUCUGAAUGCCACAUUUUGUCACACCCCUUAAAUUAAAGCUGAAAGUCCUGACUUCACUCUCACAUUUCAUGUACAAUGUGGUGGUGUUCAGAGGCCAAAUACAAAAAAAAAAUCUUUUUUCCCCCAAAAUAUAUGGACCUGACUGUCUAAACUACAUUAUAAAUCAUUUACAGAUGUAAUGUCACUUCACAAGACAAUUAAAAUGAGAUGAUGACUAAAGUGCUCCCAAAAUCAAUACCAGGUACAUCGCUAUAAAGCUAGAGAACUGAAAAACUUAACAAAUAAUAAUAGUAAUAAUAACAAAAAUCCUCUAAAACACAAAGCAUGAUUUAUUUACUCUCUCCACUAUGAAUCCAUUUGUUUUUCUCUAUCUUCUUUAGAUUUUAUUUUCUCAUUAGAGUAUGUCUAAACACUAAAACAGAUGAAAUCAUCCCAGGUGUUCCUGUGUUUAUUGAUUUUUGUUUUCCACAAGGUGAUAGAUUAAAUUUUUUUCUGCAGUUUUACAACUUCUAUUUUUUCCUCUCUUUGAAAACAGAUCUACGAUAAAUGCUGUAAAAAACAAUAUAAAUAAAAUCUUCUGUCCGAUCAUUA